UGGAGACUCAGUUUUGCGCACCAGUUCCAUUCACCCUGAGAGAAACUGGUCUGGUCUUGCUGUAGACGGAAAUGACUACGAACUGUUGUGGAAAGUGUUUUGUUUGUUGGGCACCAAGUAGCAGCAGCUUAAUCCACUGAGCAGACGGGAUCAAAAGGAGAAGGUAACAUUCGGGUCCCAGCCCAUAGAAGACGCUCUGAGCUUUGCUUGUGUAAUCAAGCCUGGGAUCACGUACCUGAUGACUUGUCUCUGAGGGACUCCUUCAGAAAGUGCUGAAGAACUCAUUCCUGGUUGUAUCCAAGAAGAGGAAUCUUGGGGUCCAAUGAGAAGGUUGCUAACUUAGGAAUUCCUCGUUAGAGAUCUGUGGAAGAGACACAAGUGUGCUGCCAUCAGCUUUCCCUCACUUUAGUGAAUCACUGCAGAGGAAUUUUCGUGGAAUAAACAACUUUCCCAAGCCACAUUGCCAUCUCUCCGCAUUACAUUUCAGAGGACAGAGCAGACUGGUGAGAAAUGACAAGCUGUAGAGCUUUAAAACUAAUUUAAAUUACUUUUUCUCUAAUGGCUGCCAGACAUUUAGCUCGAUUUGAGUACUGGGCUGUCAAAAUAGUUGCUCUUAUCACUUCUUAACUUUCGGGAAUCCCUAUUUCUGACUUCUUAAAAGCAAAACAUCUAUUUUUUUAUUAGUAUUUUUCAGAGGAAGACGCUGUUGAUGUAAAUGCUUGCUUGACUUAUUGCACAACUCCCUAACAGCAAGAUGGGGAUUUGGGGAGCUUUCUUACACAUCCUAAGUCCCUGGACAUCUGAUGGUCCUCUGAAGCUAAAAGAAUGCGGCACUUUCGGGGGCUAGUCUCGCUCCAUAGACUGCUGGACGCAACCGUGAAAAGAUAACAGGAAGCCAAACGUGCUCUCUUUCGCCUGUCCCCGAGUGAAAGGGCUGGAGUAUCGAUCAAUGCCAUUUUUACCCAGAGGUCAACUGAAAAGAUAGACACGCUGACAAGUCUGGAUAAGCCGGGCAAACGAGUGCCAAUGCUCUUACUCAUUUUAAGAUGAAGUUAUGGAAGUGUGCCGCCAUCGCCUUGACGCUCUGUGGUGCUGCACUGUCCGUCUUCCUCUCUAGAAUCCUGCUUCCCCUGAAAGCACCUGUUCCUCUUCACUUCGAGCGUUCAUCAUUUUCUUCAUCAUCAUCAUCACCACCACCGCUACCAUCAACAGCAUCACCUGCAUCUUCUAUGUCCUCAAACAGCUCCUCUUCUUGGACUGGUAGGAAGUUUCGGAGGGUCAGAUCAGCGAAUGGUGCCAACUCGGUCAUUUCUGAAUUCAUAAACAUGUUCCAGAGCUUCACAGAGGGUGAGCUGAAGCAGAUCAUCGCUGCACUGGUGGAGCGCAAAGCACAGAGGGACGCCAAGCAGGGCAAAAGGACUAAACGGGCCAAGAAUGGCAGCAAAGUGUGCUCGCUACAGGAAGAAGAGGUAACAGUCAGCCAGCUGGGCCUAGGCUACAUCAGCGACGAGACCGUUCUUUUCCGCUACUGCAGUGGAAGGUGCGAAGCCAGCCGCCGCAACUAUGACAUGACGCUGGCAAUCUUGAAGCGCAACAGCAAACUAAUCAAGGAGGACCUCAAGAAGGCCAAGCACAGACCCUGCUGCCGGCCAACCGCCUAUGACAAGAACAUCUCCUUCCUAGACAACCAGAGCCGAUACCACACCAUCCAUGAGGUUUCUGCACGUAAGUGCGGCUGUGUAUGAUCCUUAUAGAAGAUGCUACAAAGGCGGGGAAGUGACACUCCAUGUUGUGGAGGGGACAAUUCCAUGUUGUUUGAUGUGAUUGAUGAGCUGUAAAACAGAAGUAGGUAGAAGAAGAUGUAGGCCAUACCUGGUAUAGAAUAAGUAGGGCUAUAGAGGGUAAAGUUUCUGUUAUGUUUCAUUGCCUUUCCUGGACACUGUUCUAAAAUGGAAUCAGUCAUUACACUGCAUAAAUAAUGGGCUUUUCGUGAACCAUCAAAUUCGUCACUCAGCUAAUCACGGCACACCACAACUAAGAUAACAUCACAAAUGGAAAACAUAUGGAAAAAGAGAUACUCCCGUAUGGAAUACUGCAGAGCUUUUGUCAGAAGCUGCUGUUGAUCGAGCCUUUUGGACUAGCUUGAAAUAUUUAGUGAACGUUAGUUUCGUGGCUGCAGUACAUCCCUAAAUCAGUCAUGCAUGAGAGCUAUGAUCAGCCUAAAAACUCACUCUCUCUACAAGUAUGGAUAUGCAUUCUCCCACAAAUUGGUUGUUUGUGUAAAGGAUACCCAUAAGUGCAGGCUUUACACCACAUUCCCGUAACCACAUGCUAACCUUAACAACACUGAGACAGUAAAAACAGCAGCACCCAGACACAUCAGCACCUCAGGAUGAACAGCCCUGAUUGCAGAUCUAGAGAAGGAGCAAAAAGAGUAGAUAUAUAUAGUUAGACCUACUGAAGAUAUGGAUAUAGAAUAGCUGCAGUUCUUAUGCCGUGUUUACACGUUCAUAGCGCAUGCAGCCAUGGAAACAUUGCCACGGUAUCAGCAUUUCCAGAGAAAAUGAAUGAUGGUCAGAAAAGAGCUUGAGCAAUGUUAAUUGUUUUAGGUGGAAAAAAGUGUGAGGAUGUUCUGAACUCUAUAUUUUGCUGUGUAAUAGAUGGUGCACAUGGACAACAACGUUGUGUCCAUGUCUCCCAAAAAAAUCAAAAUUAUGUUAGCACAUUGGUAUGCCAUAGUGGGUAAAAUCACUGCCCUCCACAGGGUUCAAUGCCCUGUGUGGGCAAGCACACCAUGCUACACCAAAGAGUUUCCUUGGGCUAGACUCCUAAUGCUACAUUCAGCUACCUCUGAAACAUGGUUAAAAAUUGUCAGUCACUCUGGAUAAGAGCAUCUCAAAAAUGCAGAGCAAAUCCCAAUUGUCUUCAUCUGUUGCAGUUGGUAUCAGAAGCAGGUAAAAUUUUGCUCUGCUUUUGCUGCUGGCAGUGGCAUAAUUUUCUAUUGCUGAUCCAUGGACAACAAUGAAACACCUGACUUUCUGUUGACUGUCUACCAUAAUGUAAAUACAGCCUAAGAAUUACCUUUAGUAACAAUACAUAAAAUUUCAAAUACAGUUGUGUGCAAAAGU